AUGGACAAUGGGCCAGCUGAGGUCCUAACUGAACUUGAACAUGAAAACGAAAUGUGGAACAAGGAGGUGGAAGCAGGAGCAGGUGACUCAGCGUUGUUUCCUGGGGCCUUUAAUUGUUGCACGGAAAUUUCGUAUGAAAUUCCCAAAGGAAUUCUCCGAAGAGUGGAGAGGUUUGAAAUCCAGAAAGCAGAUGGCCUAUGUCACCUAGAAGCUGUUAUUCUCUACAUAGAAGGCAGAAAGUUUUGUGUGAGCCCACGGAUUAGAAAAGUAAAAAAAUGGAUGAAGAAGAACAAGCACAAGACUCCCAGAAAAAAGCAUCACGGUAGAAAGCAGAGAAUCAAAAUUAUUAAAAAGAAAGAAAAGAAACAGUAA